AUGAAUCCAGGAACAGAGUAAUUGAACUAUGAUGUGGAAACUCCAUAAAUUCCUUAUAAUUAUGAUGUGGAUGGUCGAUUCUAUUUACCUAUAUCGAAUCAAAUCUACUAAAAAGCAUAUAGUCAGUACACUUAUCAUCCACCUACCUUUUUACUUAUGCCCUAAUAACCAAUCUAUCAACCAUGUCCUCAGGUGAAGAAGCAAAAGAAGAAGAAAGUGAACAAUAAAGAAGUUGAAGCACUCAGAACAAGAAUUAUGGAACUGGAAAUGAGGUAACCUGAAGUAAAAAUAGUAAAGGAAGUUGUGACAGACAGUGAUUAAGUUUAAAUAUAACUACGAUUAUGUAGAUAACUAAAUUAGAAAAAGAAUUGCGUAUGGUGAAAAUGCAAUUAGAUCAUGAACAUGAGAACAAUGCAUAAAAAGACAGGACAAUUUCUGACCUCAGAGCUCAAAUUUAGAAAAAUGAUUUGUCCAGAAGUACAAGUUUGGUUUCAUUGUAAACCACACUUGUUGAAAGAGAAGUAUAGCAAUAAUCAUUUAUGUCUAGAGAUAAAUAACAAAAUAGGACGGCAUCAUUUCUCAACUAUAGGCAGAAAUUAAUCUACUUAGAGGGGAAUUAGACGAUGCUCAUCAUCAUAUUGAUGAGUAGUAAACCACUCAUGAAGAGGUAACUGUUGAAAAGAUGACAUAUCUCUCUAAAGUAUUUUUUGAUUGUUAUCAUUAAUUAAGGAAGUAGAAACUUGGAAAUAAAAAUUCAUUGUUCUCAAUUGAGACUAUCAUGAGACUUAAGAAAAACUCAUGCUUGCUGAAGCUGAAUUAGAAUCAAUUAAGAAGGGAGAAGUUAAAAGAAGUGAAAGUAAUCUAUAAAUUUAAUUUAGCAGAUUGUUGUUGAAAGGAAAGAUAAUAUUGGAAGAAUCAAUAAAUUUUGGUUAGAAAGAGUGGAUUUUUAUAGACUUUUUAAUGAUGAGAAUAAAUAAUAACAUAUAAUUUAUAAAAUUGAAUAGAAAAUUUAAUUAAUAGAAAUAAAAUAGAAAGGGAUGUAGAGAAUUGAUGCACCUAUACUUUUUAAUUUUUUAGAUAGAAGAUUUGAGAUAAUAAAAGUAUUUGGUAAUGGUGGUGAGGGUCCAGUAUAUAGAUGUAAAUGUAUCAAUUGGGGAAUAAAUGAUUAAAAAUAAUUUGCAUUGAGAUGUUAAAGAUUUUGUAAGGAUGAUGAAAUUUAGUUUAUUGAUAAUCUCAUAGUUUAUUAAAAUCAAUAUGAAAAUGAGAUUUGUUAAGGAUAAUAGAAUUAUUAAUCAUCUGGUUUAAUUAGAAUAUAUGAAAGAUUUUAAACAAAUAAUUAAUAUUAUAUACUAAUGGAAUUAGGAGAAUUAGAUUUAUAUACUUAUUUAGAAUAAUAACAAUAAACUUUAACUAUUGAAUCCAAAAUUAAAAUUAUGAUCUAAGUAUAUAUUUGUAUUCCAUUGUUCAUAGAUUACUUAAUCUAUCUCAUAUUUACAUUCCAAAAAUUUAAUACAUAGAGAUAUUAAACCUGAAAAUUUUAUUAAAAUCUCCGAUCAAUUUAAACUUAUUGAUUUUGGAUUAACUAGAAAAAUGAGGGGAGAUUAAUACAUAAAAUCAAGGAACACCCUUGUUUUAAUCCCCUGA